AUGCUCGAUCGGGGGAGAUGCCUUGAAACCCUUCGCAACUGCAAAACUCUUGGUACUGCGAGGGAGGUCCAUUUGGAAAUCAAAAGGGUGGUGAGAGCCAGUGAUGAUGUUUUCCUCUACAACAAGGUCAUUGAAAUGUAUGGGCGGCUCGGCAGCGCAAGCGAUGCUCAAGAGACCUUUGCGAGCCUGGGCAGCAGCGGCAACGUUUUCAGCUGGGUUUUGCUCAUGUCCGCAUAUGCCAAAGCAGGGCAUCUGGAAACCGUCAAAACGUUGUUUGAUCAGAUGCCGCAGAGGGACAUGGUGUCGUUUUCGUUGAUUCUGGUCGCGUUUCUUGACAAAGAUGAUCUUUUUGCUGCCGAGGAAGUUUUCUCCGACAUGCCUGAAAAGGAUAUUGUGUGUUGUACUUCAAUAAUCGCAGCAUUCGCCAGAGUUGGGAACUUUUCUAGAGCUCAUCAUAUCUUUGAAGAGAUGCCACAGCGAGAUCUUGUAGCCUGGAACAGCAUGCUCGCAGCAUUUGCAGGAGAAGACGUUGAAUUUGCACGAGAAUUCUUUGAAAAACUCCCCGAGUGGAACUUGGUCUCGUGGAACUUGCUGCUUGACAUGUAUGCACAAAACGGGGACCUCAUCUCCGCUCUGCGCUUAUUCGAGGCGAUGCCAGAGAGGAAUUUGAUGUCCUGGACCUCGAUCCUGAUCGCAGCUGAUAACAACUCCAGAGUUGCGAAGGAGAUCUUUGAUCGAAUGCCUCAGCACGAUCUAGUUUCCUGGAAUGCGCUUCUUAAUGCAAAUGCCCAGGCGGGGAAUCCCUGCGAAUUGCGGGAGCUGUUUGAUCGAAUGCCGUGCCGGGAUUUAAUCUCGUGGAACGUUGUUCUUGGAGCUAUGGUGAACGGGCAUGAAGCCGCCGAGCUCUUCCAUUCGAUGCCUUACCACGAUUCGUACUCCUGGAGCUCGAUCCUGGCGGUCCAUUCCAGGAACGGGAAUUUCCAGAAAGCACAGCAGAUCUUCUACCAGAUUCCGGAAUGGAAUCUUGUCCUGUGCAAUGCAAUGCUAGCAGAUGGGAGAUCUAGAAGUAACAAAAAGCACAUUCGAUCGAAUGCCUGA